AUGCACGUACCGGCGGCGUUUUACCGCGGCGGCACGUCGCGCGGCCUCUUUUUCCGCGCCGCAGAUCUUGCGCCGUUCCAGCCAAGCGUGCGGGACCAGAUUAUAUGUACCGCGAUGGGUUCUCCCGAUCCUGACCGCCGUCAGAUUGACGGGCUCGGCGGUGGUGUUUCGUCCUUGUCCAAGACCGCAGUCCUCUCUGCGCCAGGAGUAGGCCUGUACAACAGGGUGCUUGCAGAACUUGGAUCCGCAUGGGGUCUUCCUGGCAAGCCGUUUGUAGACGACCAGGCCAUGGCGAGCGAUCCAAAAACGGGGUGGGAUGUGGUGUACCGCUUUGGGCAAGUGCCCAUCGCACAAGGCACCACGGUUGAUUGGUCCAGUACGUGUGGAAAUCUGCUUUCGGCUGUUGCACUGUAUGCCGUCCAGAUGCGCAUCAUGCGCCAGGAAAAUAUUGCGCAGCGCGCAGCGGAGCUUGGCGCAGAGCACACGUUCCGUCUCCCGAUCCGGAUCAUGAUGGCGAGCCCGGGCACGCGUGCGCUCGUGUAUGUACCCAUGAUCCGGCGCGAUACACGCCAUGGGGCGGUCUGGAUGCUGUCCGAGGUCGACGAUACCGCCAUUGCGGGAGUCCCCGGCAAGGCGCCUGGGAUCACGGUCGAGAUGGCACUCGAGGCGUCUCCAUUGCCCACGGGAAAUGUCCGCGAUACUGUAGACGUAGAUGGGCGGACGAUUCCCGUGACUGUCAUCGACGCGGGUCUUCCUACCGUAUUUGUGCACGCUGCUGAUCUUGGCGCGUCCAGUGCACAAAUGGCAGGGCCCGCUGCGGCACUCGACACCGAUCGUGCGCUCCACGCGCGGAUCGAGUCGGUGCGCCAGCAAGCUGCACGUCUUACGCCAGCGCUCGCAGCAGGCCUGUGUUUGUCGGCGCCAAAGGUGUGUCUCGUGCAUCCGCGUGCGCCGUACACAACGUCGGGGGGAGUCGCGAUUGCUGCAGAGGAUAUGGACGUGCUUGUGCGCGCCGUCUCGGUGGGCGAUGCACACCGCUCCAUUCCCGCCACGGCGCUUUCGGCGUUUGCCGUCGGUGCUGCCCUCGCCGACUCGGUCGUGGCGCAGGCAAUGGCACAGGGCGGCGCAGUUUGUGCGCCGCCCGCGGCGAACCUGCGCAGCAUCAAAAUCGGUCAGCCGGCUGGCACAUCUACUGCCAUCGCCAAGCUCGGUGCACAGGGACCGGAGGCGAUUGUGUACGGGCGCACGGCGCGUAGGAUCAUGCACGGCACAGUAGAUGUGCCGCGAUCGGUGGCUCCGCGCUGGGAUCCUAUGUACAGUGAUGUAUUUGAGCGGCUCAAGCACCGCGCUACGUAG